CCGCUGUUGGCGCGCCCCUGCGGCAAGCACCCGAACACGAGCGCGCGGGGAUGGGCCCGUCGGGUGCGAGCGGGGAGAGCACGGAGGGGACGAUUGGCGGCGGGAGCUCAGGCGGCUUGAGCGGGGGCGGCAUGGACUACUUUAGCGGGGUCAGCGCUUCCGGAAGUGCAGGGAGUGCAGGGACGACCGGCGCUGGGGACUUUUCGUAUUUUCCACCCAUUAUCCCGCCCAGUGCACCGGGCUCCGGCUCUACUGAGGAGGUUGCGGGCGGGUUCAAGGUCGCGCAGGGCGCGACAGUGGCAGCAGCGGCGAUGGGGGCGGGGAGAAGGCAGAGCGAAAACGCGGGGCGGCCAGCUACGGGUGUGAGCACACCGUCGGGUUCGGUCGUCUCGCGAGACGGGAGCAGCGCGCACAGCACGAACACGGGCGCGACGAGCGUAUGGAUGGCAUCGCCCGAGGAGGAUCAGAGCCAGGAACCCAAGGCGCCGUCGAGCGAUAAUACGCUGUCGUACGCGAGUGUGGCGACGGCGGAGAAGCAGCCGGCAGUGCAGACGUAUGCGAGCGCGAUGGGGCGUUCGGCAUCGGAGCACCAGGACGAUAAGAAGAUGUCGACGUCGGCGGGGUUGUCGGCUGCAGCUAGGAGCGCGCUUUUGCAUAGGCCGGAUAGCGAUCCGAUUGUUGCGAAGCUUGCGGGGAGGGGGAAAGGAGGGAGUGAGGGGCUGUAAGGAGGGUGUACGUUGGGCGCGCUAGGUGGAUCCGAAUUUUGAGUUUCUUCUUUUGCAUCACAGUGUAGACUACAGCACAAAGCACGCAUAACAACACGCAAUAUCAUCACCAUAACACAACAUCUCCAUCUCUUAGCUGUUCGGGGGUUGGUGGCUUUCAUGCGCUAUCUCAUCUCGUCUCGUUUCUCCUCAUCUCCUCUUUUUCUCCGACUGGUUUCACUGUUUCCGCUCGUCGUCUCACCUCGUCUCGUUACUGUCCUGCGUCUCUGGUUUCUGUUUCUCGUCUGCUUUUUUUUUGCAUGCACGCAUACCACCCCAUCCUCAUUCGCGACUAUAAUCUCAUCAACUGCCGCACACGAAACAAGUCAACGUCACUCUUCAACCGACCACCACCCAUCCUUUUCUGUUCUUCAAUAAAACUUGGCCGCCUCGCGACUUUCAUAUUGGGUAUAAAUCGUUGA